GGGAGGUGGUGGGAAUCCUGCUCAGCGGCACCAAACGGCGCAAGGAGGGCCCCGCCGAGCCCGAGGAGCUACCCCCGCCGGAGGGGAUCCCGAACACCAAGUUCCGCCACAUUGUGCGGCUGUUGGACGAGGCUGACGCCCAGGCCGACGUGUUCGGGCGCUUCCCGAACGUGGACGCGUACGUGGACAUCAAGAUCCUCUCCGUGCAUCCAGACUACCGGGGCCGAGGCAUCGCCAAACAACUCAUCGAUCAAAGCAGGGAGGUAACGCGGUCCCAGGGCGUCCCCAUGGUGCGCUGCGUGUGCACCAGCUACUACACCCACAAGGCCGUGGCGCGGCUGGGUUUUGAGCACGUCCACACCAUGCCGUACAAGUCGUUCGUGGACGAGGCGGGCACGCCUGUGUUCCAGACAGAGCCCCCGCAUGACAACGUGGAGACCUACGUGGCAAGAGUGUGACUCAGCGGUCCAACUCGACUGGCAUUAUAGUACAAAGACUGCCUUACCUAUAUAAGCAUACGCGUUGCCUUGAGGAAACUCGUCUGAAGGGUAGAGGGUUUGAAAGCCUCGAGUGUGAUUGGCCUCUAGCUUUGCGUUCAUGAUUCAUACACGAGGGAAAAAAAAAAAACAAAGGUGAAAUAGGUAACAAAUUCCUUACUUAUAAAGUGUUGAUAAUUUCAACUGUCGCUUUAAUUUUGCUGUGAAUUUAUAAUACUCAAAUGUAAUCAAAAUUAACUUACUUAAGAAGAAUUCAGAGUUUACAAAACGCGGGCACGAUUAUCACGCUAGGCGUGACAAAAGUUUGCCCAAUGGCUGCGUGAGGCUUACGGAGCGUGAAAAUCACGUUUGCGUUUUGUGAACUCUCAAUUCACACUUAUAGUCAAAAGGUGGAGCGGAAUGCUCAGAGCGAAGUUGGGGCGAAAGGGGUGGUGGGAAGAGGGGAGGCAGUGCCGCCAGCAUCAAACACCACCACCAACACCCACGAGCACGUCCCAACUAUGCUCGAGCAUUCGUACAGCAAGUUCACCUGAAUGUGAAUUGUUGUCUAUUUAAAACUGUAACCAAACAAAACUUGUAUUUGUACUGGAGGGACACAUUCCGAUGGUUGAAGUAAAUUACAACAAAGUAA